AUGGUGGACUAUCCAGCCAGCGAACUGUUUCCCCACGUGACGCAAUGUUUUCCCUUGGUGUUGACCCUGCCCAACGGCCAGCAACAACUAACCCGCGCGGUGUACGGAAUACCCAGCGACGCGACACAGCACGAAGAGCGCCGUGAACCACGCGCUGCUGGGCCGAAGCCGGAGCCAGGACCGACCCCAGCCUCGGAGUGCGACUCGGUCCCGAGGCCACCCGCGGAUCUGCUCGACCAGCUGCUCUCGCUCGUAACUGCGAACCUCGGUCCCAUGUAUACGCGCCACGCACGGGCGAUUUACGGCGCGGGCCGCCAAUCCUGGCCGGCGCGGAAGAGGGCAGAAAUGGAAACACCAGGGCUCGUGUAUGUUGUUUACAGCGACUCACACAGCCAGCCGCUGGUGUUUAUGUCACUGCUGCUCACAGAUGAGCCAGAACUGGGACAAGAGCUGGCGGCUCGUGUGCUGUAUUUGUUUGAGAUUCACGUUUCUGACAUAAUCCGAGGCCAAGGGCUCGGCACGCACUUGCUGCGCGACUGUCUGGGUGGGACGCUGGCCUCCCUGAGUCGUGCGUCCCCGUCAGUGCUGGGUGCUGAGCUAACGGUCUUCUCUGAAAACCAGCGCGCCCUACGACUGUACCUGGCGUUGGGCAUGCAUGUUGCCGCAUGGUCACCUCAGGAUCGGCGGGCGCAAGUGCGCAGACGCACGCGCGCAAUCGCCUACGACUCGAGUCUGGUCACGAGGCCCGCUUACUACAUACUGUUCUGGCCGGCUGCAAGCUAA